AUGGCGCUGCCUCCGCAACAGUUUUGUGUGCGGUGGAACUCGUACCAUACCAACUUGCAGUCCGUUUUCCCUCGGCUGCUGCUGACUGAACAAUUCGCUGACGUCACGCUCGCGUGUGAGUCCCGCCAGUUGAGAUGCCACAAGCUAGUUCUGUCCGCCUGCUCCGCUUACCUGGAGAGACUGCUUUUGCAGAACCCCUGCAAGCACCCCAUCGUUCUUAUGAGAGAUAUGAGGUUUAGUGAAAUGCAAGCUUUGGUAGACUUCAUGUAUAAGGGCGAAGUGAAUGUCACUCAAGAGGAGUUGCCAAGUUUGCUGAAGUCAGCUGAAGCUCUGCAGAUCAGAGGUCUGUGUUCAAGUGAGCCGGGCUCACUGUCCGAACUGAAAACCGACAAUAAAGACUAUUCAGUCGCGAGUGAAGCGUUGCUUGCGCACGCGCAGCGAGAGAAUACUAAUGGCCAACAGCAAACCCAACAGCAGCAGAAGACGAUUACAACCAAUGGACCGAAGAAGCGAAAGUCAGAAGAGAGGGAACGGAAUUCAGAUGUGAAAGAAGAGACGGUGGAAGAAGAUGGCCUCUAUUAUGGCGAACUAGAUCAGGAUAAUAUGGAAUAUAAUGAGGAAGAAGAGACCGGAAAACCUGGAAGUAGCCUGGGACAGACCUCUGGACGCAAACCCUAUCUACGCGUCAAACCAGAAAGUGAACUUUUUUUCCAAACGAAGUUACAGAAUCUAGCUAACUCGCAAUAUAUCAACAGAUUAUCAAAAAUGAGUCCAUCUGAAAUACAAAACGAGUUCUCGAAAUAUGGUAUUACAAAUAUGAACGAGGACUUCAUACAAAAAUCCAUAGAAAAUGACUACUACAAAUCAUGGUUAGAACAAAAUGGUGAAUUAGAAGUUUCACUGCUUAAAGCGAAUCAAACGAAAAAGAAAAAUGAAGCUAAAAACCAAAAAUCCGAAGUAGAACUUAUUCCAAGACCUAAAGAUAGCAGUAAAGAGGUUUACCCUAAGAUCUCGGAUAAAGCGAUUCGUCGACGCGGUCGACCACCAAUUUUCAAAGACAAGAAUGUUGAUAUUGGCGACACAGUUUUGAAAGCGGAUUUGGAUCAGUUCUUGGAGGGGAAGGAAGUUAGCUCGUCAGGCUUGUCUAGAAAGGAUUUGGAACGGGUAAUGAUGGGAAAAUUCAAUCCAAACAGACGGUAUUCUAACGAAGCCAUGUGGGCUGCUCUAAUGGAUGUUAAAAAGGGGGGGAGUAUAUAUAGGGCAGCACAAACCCAUAAAGUACCAAGAAAAUCACUACGAAACUGGAUGAAACGUUGCCACAUCAAAUCCUCCUUCCCAAUGCCACAGCAACUAAAACAAUUCGUUGAAAACAGCAAGAAACAACGGGAGUUCAAGAUUGACAACCCCGAGCCACAGAACAUUGAAAAGAAUGACUUAGAUGCCAAUUUUGACCCUGAAAUAGAUUUUGGAAAACAUUUCUUGUUCUCGUCACACGUGUCAAGCGAGGAUGAGAGUGGUGUGCGGACGUCUACGGAAAUUGUGACCCGACAUUUUAUCGACAUGGACGGUAUACCUCUGAACGUGCACGCGAGACCGCGGCUCGUUGGCAGGCGGCCGAACGCCAUCGUUAACAUAGAGACUGAUGUGUUUCAAGAGAAAUCCUACAAGCAAUAUUCGUCCCAGCACUUACGCGACGCGCUGAUAGCUGUCAAAAAGGGGUAUAGCGUAUACGCCGCUUCAAAUAAGUACGGGGUGCCACGAAAAACAUUGAGGAAUUGGAUGGAGAAGUACGAUAUUAAGAGUCAAUUUUCUAAAGGACGCCGUGGGACGAGUAGACCGACGCAGAUCUUGGACCCACUGGAUUUAAUUUCUGAGACACGAUCAGAGAGAUACGACGAUAAUCUUUAA